GUUUUUAUCUAUGCUUUGAUAAGAAGGAAACUAAAGACUUUAAAGAUAUUGAUAUGAAUAAUGAAAAAAUUUGGUGCACUGCAUUAGCAAUUAAAUAUUUGGAGGUUGUGAUGUUUGGACAAUUUAAGGAUGAGUAUGAGAUGUGUUGGAAAAAAACUAAUAAAGCACUAAAGAAAUUAGUUAAUGAAAAGGAGUUUGAUGACGUUUUGAAAAAAGCCAAAGAUUGGAUUUUAAAGUGA